UCCUCUCUCUCUUUUUCUUUUCUCCUUUUCUCUUUCUUUAUAUAUAGAUUCGUAAAAAUACAAUUAAAAAACAAAGCACAAAAGGGUAUAAUGAGCAUUCAAUUCAAUAUGACUAAUGCUCAAGAGUUUGGUCAAGAAGGGUUUAUGUGGGGCAUAUCCAAUUCUGAUGAUUCUGGAGGCGGUUGCCAAAAAUCCGAAAAACAAUUGCCUCCAUCGCAACCUUCUCUUCCGUCGUCUCAGAUCCAGAUUGAGACGGCCAGAAAGGUUGCUAAGGGAAAGAAGAGGACGAAACGAAGUGAUGAAAAUGAUGGAGAAGAAGCACCUGAUCAUGAAAUGCAUAUAUGGACUGAGAGAGAAAGAAGGAAAAAGAUGAGGGACAUGUUUUCUAAACUACAUGCUUUGCUUCCCCAACUUCCUCCUAAGGCAGACAAAUCAACAAUUGUGGAUGAAGCGGUGGAAACUAUCAAAUCCCUUGAACUUACUUUAAAAAAGCUCCAAAAGCAAAAACUCGAGAAAUUUCGUCAGUACUCGUCUGCCUCAACAAGCACAACUCCUACUACAACUUUUGCGUAUGAUCCAUCUUCAUCCUCUUCCCCAACAACAACUCUCCCCACACCAAUAUCAUCAUCAAACCAUCCCCAAAUCCUUGCUGCAGCGGAUUCUUACUCCCGUGAAGCUUUCUUGGCCGAUCAUAUAUCUUCAUCCAACACUGCUGUCGUGAACCCGCCUUACCCUUGUGGUGAUCCGAUCGCGGCUUUCGAUACGUGGUCUUCACGUAACGUCGUGUUGAAUAUUUGUGGAAAUGAAUCUUUCUUCAAUCUGUGUUUCCCUAAAGGCAAAUCAGGGGUUUUCACUUCGGUUUGUUACUUGUUUGAGAAGUAUAACUUGGAGGUUUUGUAUGCUAAUGUCUCCUCAAAUAUUUUUUGGAGCACCUACAUGAUCCAAGCACAGGUAAAUCCGAGUUAUGCGAAUCAGCUGUUGGGAAAUGGGUUUGGAGUAGGGGAAAUUUUCAAGCAAGUUGCUCAAGACCUGGUCUUGUGUUUUUCAUCUCCAUGAAUCAUAAACCGGCUGCAUUGGUUUGAAUUUAAAGCAUUUUCAUGGUUUGUUUUUUUGUGCGAAGUCCCGUUUCUUUUGCUUAUGCAGAGAUAUUAGCUUGGAUUUUUCAGUUUAAACCCAAAAAAAAAAAAAAAAAAUAGAAGAUAUUACCAGCUCUUUCGAACAUUGUUGGCUAGUGACUUUUUCGUAAUUUUAGUUUUAUUUUCUUCGCCAAUGUAUUGUUAUUGUUGUCCAACAUGACAUUUAAGUAAAAUAACUUUUUGAAGGUUAAAAUGUUUAAGAUGCAUUUAAA